GGGUAUCUGCAAGGCAGCCUUGGCUUGGGAAGUUGGUGAGAGAAGCAGGGAAGGGCUUGGAGGAGCGGAAGCAGAUCGGGACCAAGGGAAGCCAUCCUGGUUUAGCUCUCCUGCGGAGGGGAGCAGAGGGGGAGGUCCUGCCUGUCUCCCCUCGCCUAAGCUUGCGUGCGCAAGGUUUUCUAUCGCGUGGCGGCGGGUGAUUUCGCAGGGGCGCAAGGACCCGAAGUUCUCGCUGAUGGAUCUGCGCAAAACUUUUACCCAUGGGUAACAAAGGUAGAUUUCUUUGAUGGCCGACCCUGAGCAUGAAAACCGGAGGUGGGGAUUUGCUGGGCUCCUUCCUGGAAGACAAAAGCACAGCCCCUCCGUAAUACUGUAUAUUCCUUUGCGCGCGCGUUAAGCCUCGUACUUUGUGCAUACUUCCCUCUUCGGUUUUCAAAUCGUUGCUUCUGCCCCUAGUAAAGAGGAGUCGGUGCAUAUUUACCUCGCUUUAUUUCACUGUAUGAUUUGCUCUCCCAGUCCUGUGCACUUGAAUCUAGAGGGAUUCUACCCGUAUUACGUUAAAUGAGUGCAGCAUCUUCGAUGUGUUCUGCAUUUUCCAACCGCUUUUAAGAAGCGUUGCAAAAAAUGGUUGGCCUAAAUAGUACGAGAUCCCUGUAUCCCUCUCUGUGCAGGUUUGUGUUAACUUGAUGUUUGGAGUUAAAGAUGCUGUGGUUUUGCUGGGUUUGUUUGUGAGCAUUCACUUAAGAUCAGUGCUAUAUAGAGCUUAAUGUCUUUCCCGAAGUUAGCGCUUCCGUUACAGGAACCACUCAUUUUUCAAGCAAUAAAUUGCAGGAAAACGCAGCUAAUACAGGAAGAGCUUUGCUGGAUCAGACCAAAGGCCCAUCUAGUCUAGCAUCCUCUAUUUGCCCAGUAGCCAAGGGGAGCAGGCCACGGGUGUCACUUCUUGCAUGGCCUCUCACAAUUGGUGUCACUGCUAUAUACAUGGAGUGGCAGAGUGGCAGGGAGGCCAGCACUGCGCAGGCAGCCCAGUGAAGUCAACUUACACCAACAUCCUCCCUCCCUUACCUCUCUCCCUCUUGGUAAGCCACAGUGAUGGCAAUGGUGGGAGGCCAGGGAAUUGCUCCUGGGAGCCAACCAGCUUCUUUUGGAAAGCCCAAAUCACAGCAUGAGUGCAACAACCUGUUCCCCACUCGGGCUUACCACCAAUUACUAUUCAGAGACAUGCCACCUCCAGUACACAACCAUUGUGGUCGGUCGCUAAUGAAAGCCUUGUCCUCCAUGAAUUUGUUUAACCACCUUUUGAAACCAUCCCAGUCGAUGGCCACUGCUGCCUUGUUUUAACAGUGUGUUCACACAACACACUACCCUUGGGCUGCAGGACUAAACAAACGCAUCUUUAAGCACCAAACUUUGAAAUCCUGUUUGGAAUUUAAUUCCAUAGGAACAUUUGGACUUGUAAGUCAAGUAGGGAUAGGCGAUAUCCGGUUUUGCAACAUCGUGAUAUAUCUAUGUAUCACAGCGUUUGAAAUCAGGAUGGAGCUAUGUAGAGGCAUUGGCUGGCUUCACGGUUUCCCCCACAUAGUUAUUUUUUGCAUAGUGUGCGCGCACACACACACACACACACACACACACACCAUGACUUGUGAUACAUUGCCAUAUCAAAAAUUAUGAAACCGAUAUCACAAUAUGGACUUUGAACCGGUUUUGGAUGAUCACCAGUAGAUCACUCAGUCCUAAAGUAAAUAUCUUCAAGAUGAGGGUUGUGUUGGAGGGAGGAAAGAAAAAUGACCCAGGACAAAAAUAAAAAUAAAAUGUGGCUACUUGCUACAGUGGCUAUAUUCUGCCUCCAUGGUCAGAGGUAUUAUGCUUCUGAAUACCAGUUGCUGGAAACUGCAGGACAAAAUAUCACUGUUGUGCUCACGUCCAGCUUGUGGGCUUCCCAUGGGUAUGUGGAUGGUCCCUGUGAAAACAGGGAGCUGGAGUAGAUGAGCUGUUGGUCUGAUCCCGUUGGGCUGUUCUUCUGUUCUAAUAAAAGUAGAAUUUCUUUUCAUGUUUCUUUGUACUGACCACAGUUUUGAUCAUUGAUCUGAUUGUUUUGAACUCCCAGGAAUCCAGAGCAAAUUCACCAAUGAUUGAAAAACAAAACAACAACAACCCAAUAACUAAUAAGACCGACAGACAGUUUGUAAGUAGACUCUCAAUUUUUGAAUGUGUUGGAUCUUUCCUCACCAUUCAUAUUUUAACUUGACACAUUAUUAACAUCAUACACGUUCAUCAUAGUCUUUCAAACAUACUUGUAUUUUCUAUAAAAAUUAACCCACAAUUUGCAAACUGCAAUAGAGUAAUGGAUAAUUCAGUGUAAGUUUAUUUAAUGGGGGAACGGGGUUUUAACUGGGGUGUGUGUGUUUUAAAUUGUUUUAAAAUGUUAUAUGUUAGUUUAGAUUUUUGUAUUUGUAGAGUGGGAGAUUGUUUAGGGGCUUUGGUUGGGGAAUGUACUUUUUAUUAGUUUGCAUACAUUAGCAUUGCUGAUUGUUUUAAUUGUGCUUUUAUAGUAUAACUUUGUGUUGUGAACCACCCUGAGACCUACGGGUAAGGGGUGGCAUACAAAUUUAUUUUAAGAAUAGGAAUAGCAAUAAGAAUAGGAAUAAUAAGAGCAAUAAUUUAAUGUAAAGCAUAAAAAUGGCUUUUGACAUAUUAUAAGCUAAGGAUUGGGGGGGGGUGGAAGUACCCCACUACUCUAGAGGGGUGGAUAGCUCAGUUGGUUAGAGCAUGGUGCUGAUACAGUGGUACCUUGGUGUCAGGGAACUGACAUCGGAGCUAGAGGCGGAGGGAAGGCUCUCAAAUGAUGCUGGAGAAGGGCCCAGCAGGGAGAGAGGCAGCUCCGCAGAUGGGGAAGCAAAUCAGCGCUACACCAGGGAUAAGGAGGGGCUGAUGGGGAAUCGGCGAGAGGGCUCCAGGACUCUUCACCGGACACCAGCGGGGAGAGCACUGGUCCCCCGCUACCCACGCCCACCCUGCGCAGAAGACUUCCGCGCAGAGAGAGUAGGAGGAGACUGGGUGUCAAACAACUUUUAUGUUGGAAAAGAUUUAAGAAACGCCCACUGACGGAUUCUGCUAGCGACUGAGGCAGCCACGAAGUGAAGGGCUGCCCAGACUGAAAGGUUUACCAAGGCAACAAAGCCUGGAGAGGCGGCAACUUACGCACGAGCAACCCAUACUCAUUAUACUUGGGUUAAGAACUUAAUUCGUUCUGGAGGUCUGUUCUUAACCUGAAACUGUUCUUAACCUGAAGCAACACUUUAGCUAAUGGGGCCUCCUGCUGCCAUCGUGCCACCGCUGCACGAUUUCUGUUCUCAUCCUGAAGCAAAGUUCUUAACCCGAGGUACAAUUUCUGGGUUAGUGGAGUCUGUAACCUGAAGUGUCUGUAACCUGAAGCGCCUGUAACCCGAGGUACCACUGUAAUGCCAAUUGCUGCAUAUUCCGGCGUUGCAGGGAGUUAGACAAGAUGAUCCUCAUGGUCUCUUGCAACUCUACAAUUCUAUGUCGUAUUGCAUACCAUGCUUUACCUAGGAAGGGUUGGGUAACGUUCCCAUUUGACUACUGGAUAUGGUAGUUUGGCUGCACAGUGAGAAGGACAGUUCAGUGGUAGAGUGCAUGUUUUUUGGGGUGGAAAGUGACUUGCAUCCCCUUGAGAUUCAACGUCACCCAGUCUGCCAUUUCCCCCCCUCCGUAAAUUUACAUUCACAUUCACCCGGUGCUAUACCAGCUGCACUGGCUCCCGGUGGAGUACAGGAUCAGGUUUAAGGUGCUGGUUUUAACCUUUAAAGCCCUAUACGGCCUAGGACCCUCGUACCUACGGGACCGCCUCUCCUGGUAUGUCCCACAGAGGAACUUACGGUCUUCAAACAAAAACAUCUUGGAGGUCCCAGGCCACAGAGAGGUUAGGCUGGCCUCAACCAGAGCCAGGGCUUUUUCGGCUGUGGCUCCGAUCUGGUGGAAUGCUCUGUCACAAGAGACUAGGGCCCUGCGGGACUUGACAUCUUUCCGCAGGGCCUGCAAGACAGAGCUGUUCCACCAGACCUUUGGUCAGGGCACAGCCUGACUCCCUCCUUUGGCAAUCUUCACAGAACUCUAGCCCAAUGGUUGCCAUCAAUUUGAUUUGAAUUAAUUUUAUAAUGAAAUGAUUUUAGAAUGUUGUACUAUUUUAUUGUUGUUAGCCGCCCUGAGCCUGGCUUCGGCUGGGGAGGGCGGGAUAUAAAUAAAUUUUAUUAUUAUUAUAUUUUUAUAGGUUGUUAAUUUCAACACCAUGAGCCGCCGUGGAAACAACUGGGCCUACACCGAGGUCAUUGACCUCCUGGAUAUAUGGGGAGAGCAGAAGAUCCAGAAGCUGCUUCAGAGCAGCUACAGAAAUAUGGACACCUUCCAAGUCAUUGCAAGCGAGAUGGCCAAGCGGGGACACGAACGCACUGCGCAGGAAUGCCGGACCAAGACUAAAACAAUGCGGAGGGAUUACAAAAAGGCCAAGGACAACCCCUCUUCGCUGGGCGGGCGCAUGACGUGCCCUUUCUAUGAGCAGCUCGAUAGGAUAUUGGCCGGCGAUUCUGGCUUCCAGCCCCCAAGGAGGCUACCGCACGCUGCUUUGCCGGAGGAGUCGUCGGGGGAUACCAAUUCUCCUUGUCCCCUGGCGGAAGGAGCCGCGCCCGUGGUGCCAGAGGACUAUAGCGAGAGUCCGGAUCAGUUUUCCCCAUGCACACAGAUAGCUGUGGAGAUCUCCGAUUCCGCCACGCCCAGUCCCAUGUUCUACAUGACAAGGGCGGUCUCCGCGAAGCCUGCAAGCAUGUCUUGGCCGGCAGCAAGUAAGAGCUCUGCUUUGUGCCCGGGAGAAACUUGUAGCAAUGAUAAUUUUAUUCUCCAGCGGGUGCAGAAACUUCAGUGGGUGCAGAAUGCAGCAGCGAGGCUCCUCACGGGGUCUCUGCCAUGGGAGCAUAUUCACCCAGUGCUUUUCCAGCUGCACUGGCUCCCGGUGGAGUACAGGGUCAGAUUUAAGGUGCUGGUUUUGACCUUUAAAGCCCUUCACGGCCUAGGACCCUUGUACCUACGGGACCGCCUCUCCCGGUAUGCCCCACGGAGAGCCUCAAGGUCCAUAAAUAGCAACACCCUAGUGGUCCCGGGCCCUAAGGAAGUUAGAUUGGCUUCAACCAGAGCCAGGGCCUUUUCAACUCUGGCUCCAGCCUGGUGGAACGCUCUGCCUCAUGAGACCAGGGCCCUGCAGGAUCUGAUUUCUUUCCGCAGGGCCUGUAAGACAGAGUUGUUCCGCCUGGCCUUUGGCUUGGAAUCAGUUUGAUUCCCUCCCCCUCUUUCUUUUUCCUUUCUCCUCCUAUGAAGAAAUUGCACCCUAAUGUUUUAAUGUUGUAUCUUAAUCUUUUAAAUUGUAUUUUAAUCAACUUGUUUUUAUUAUUGGUUGUUAGCCGCCCUGAGCCCGGUCUUGGCUGGGGAGGGCGGGGUAUAAAUAAAAAUUCUUCUUCUUCUUCUUCUUCUUCUUCUUCUUCUUCUUCUUCUUCUUCAUACACCGCCCAGGCUGACUGACUGGGUUGCCCCAGCCACUCUGGGCGGCUCCCAACAAAAUAAUAAAAAUGCAGUAAAACGUCAAGCCUUAAAAACUUCCCUGAACAGAUGUGGCCUUCAAAUGUUGCACCUAGUGAGAUUCUGUGCAUUGGUCCGCCUGUGCUGCGCCUGUGUUUAUUUAUUAUGUUUUCUUACAGUUAUGUCCUAUCUUCCUUCCAUCAUGGAACCCAAGGGGCAGGUGGUGCUCAAACGGUCUCCCAUCCAAGCACUGAACCGACAAGCUUGGUUUCAGCAAUGGGGUGGAGGAGAGGGCCAUCCAUGGUGCCAAGCCAUGAUGUCUACAGUCCACCACCAAUGUUGGAGGCAGCAAUGCUUCUGAAUAGUAGGCCGUUCUUAUGUGGCCUGCUCCUUCAGGCCAUUCCCUGGGAGUAUGCUGCUGCUUCUAGUUCAGGACAGUGCCUGUGUACUUAUGCUAUUCUAAGCUUCUCAUAGGUAUUUGGUUGUCUAAUGUGAGAACGAAAUGCUGGACCAGAUGGGUCUUUGGUCUGAUCUAGGACUGGGCAGUAUAUUGAUAUACCAUCCAAAACCGGUUUGAAAUCCAUAUCAUGAUAUUGGUUUCAUCAUUUUUGACCUGGCAAUAUAUUGCGAAUCAUGAUGUGUAUGUGUGUGUGUGUGGCGUGUGUACUAUGCAAAAAUCACAAUGUGGGGAAAACCGUGAAGCCAGCCAAUGCCUCCAUCCUGAUUUCAGGCAUUGUGAUAUAUAGUGGUACCUCAGUUUUUGAACGUCUCUGUUAACAAACAUUUCAGUUUUCGAACACCGUGAACCCGGAAGUAAAUGCUUCUGUUUUUGAAUGCGCCUCGGAAGUCAAACAUGAAACGCUGCUUCCGUAUUGAGUUUUCUGUUUUGAGGCUUCCGUUUUGAGUUUUCGGCUUUUGAACGUUUUGGAACUCGAACGGUCUUCUGGAACAGAUUAUGUUUGAAAACCGAGGUACCACUGUAUAGGUAUAUUGCAACGUUUAACUGGUGAUAUAUCACAAUAUUGAAAAUCAGAUAUCGCCCAGCCCUAGCUUGACCCAGCAGGCUUCUUCAUAUGUAUAAAACAUAUUAAAUCACACAUCUUUUUUCGUUCCCGCUAGAAGCUGAUCAUCCAGCUCCAUCCCUAUCCUCUAUGUUCCUCAGUAACCCUGGCAGCUCAUCAACCAAAGGUUCAAGAAUGGGUAAAUAUGAAAUGAUAACAUGACGAGAUAAAAGAAAAAAGUUUAAAAUGAGUAUAUAAAAAAACCAGUGUUUCUGUUCGGUAUUAUAGGGACAGAAAUCCCCCCCCCCCCAUGUUAAAAUUGUUUAUGUAUUUAGCAACAGCAGCUAGGAUUCUAUAUGUCCCAACCAAGGAAGAAUGGAUAAGUAAGAUAAUAGACUAUGCAGAACUGGCAAAAUUAAGAUAAUCUAAUUAUGAGUGUUUUACGUAAGAAUGGAUGCCCUUUUCAGAAUAUUUAAAGAAAUACUAUAUUAUGAUGAACUUGCAAGCAAGAUUUGAGCUGUGAGCAACAGAGGUAAUUAGAUUAUAAUAUUGUGGUUACGAUUUAAUAGAAGAUUGGGUACAGCAGAAGGGGAAAAACAACAACUCCAUGGAAAAAUAAGAGAAAAGAUGAAGUUGUGUUUUGAUUGUAUACGUUAAAAAUGUUGAAACUUAAUAAAACAUAACUGCGGGGUGGGGAAUGGGUAAAUACAUCACUGAACUCAUUUUGUUAGUACGGUAUUUAACCUACCCAGAGUCCUUUUGCAUCACAUUGCAAUGUGCACUCUCCUGUUUAAUAUAUGGCUGUGUGUGUGUGUGUGUUUGUGUUUGUGUGUGCCUGUCUAUCUCCAGAUGCAACGGUGGCCCCUUCGUCAGCUCUGCUGCCCAACUGCCCAACUCUGUCUUCCGAAGGGCGGCUGACCAGAGUCCGAAAGCGCCAAAGAAAAACCAGGAACGACUUGGUCAUGGAAUUGUCACGAAUAGCAGACAGGAGGGUACAGACCGCAACUGACAGAAUCCUGUCUUCCUUGAACCGGUAUGCCACCGCAGACCUUCAGGACCGUGAGAGGGACCGGGCAGACACGGCGCAAAUCAUUGCCAUCAUGCAUCGCCAGACAGAACUGCUGGAAUCGCUGGUGCAGAUGCAGUCUGUCGAGCAGACGCCGGUGUCCCCUGCACCCUCGUGGCACCCUCGGCCGCGCGCCGCCAUCUCUCCCCCCUCCCGUUCGGGUGUCCCCAGGAGGACACUGGUGCCCCGGGUGAACCACAGGCGGAGACCACAGAAGUACAGCCCGUAACUGUACUACUGAGGAAGAGGGUUUCCUAGUUAAAGUUGCUGGGUGCUACUGGAACAAUAUAUUGAGAGCCUACACCCAAAGGCAUUUGUAUUAACGGCUGGAGUUUCUAAUGCUUAGAAUAGGACAUAAACAGUGAGGCAUAAUAUAUGCUACUGAAGCCUCAGUCGUGUACCUGUUCUCCUGAAAACGAGCCCCCUUGAACUCAAUGGGACUUACUUUUGAGUAGUUAUGCAUAGCGUUGUACUCUUAAGUGUUUGGAUUUAGAUGCUCCGGAAGACUGUUUUGUAGCAUAUGUUCCAAAGACACCAAGAUUAAUUAUCUGGUUCCUUAUUGGCCCUGUGGGUUAGACACUUAGGUGCUAAAAAUCUUAAUGGGUCCUCACCUAAUUAUGUUGAUGGCCAAUGCCACCACCCUUCCACAUCUUCCUUUUUUAAAAUUUUGUAUUCCAUGAAACGUCAUUUAAGUUUUAAACUCCUUUCCCCCUGUUUUAAUUAAAAACACCCUGUUAUCGUCUGGGAGGAGGCAUAAACAUGCAAUGGUUGGAGUGAGAUCAACAGUGGUUCUUCCAGUGGUGCAACAAUAAAGCUUGCUAGCACGUUUGCAAAGCUAAGCAGGGUCCGUUAUGGUUUCAAAUCGGAUGGGGGACCAUGUGUUGAGAUUCUUGCAUUGCAGAGGGUUGGACUAGAUGACCCUCAGGAUCCCUUCCAAUUCUACAAUUCUGUGCUUCCCUCUUGUGCUACUUGGUUUCUUUGUCCUCUUUUGAUAGGUGGGUCCAGCUUUCUUCUAUGCAAACAGGAUAAAGAGGAUGGGCAUAUACUAUGGACAUAAUACAUGAAAUUGUGUGUCAUGUAGGGUGGGAACAUAAUAUAAAUUAAUAUCAAACAUUUAUUUAAUGCUAACCAUAAGCUAGUUGAAGUAUAGACCAGAACAAUAAUGCAGUCCUUAAACAUAGGGUUUUGGACACCUCCGUGCAUCAGCUUGCCAUGGCUAAGGCUUGGUCCUUUUCUGCUGAAUAGGAAGUGGAAAGAAAAGACAUCCAUGUCAUCCCCCUUCCUCCUAAAUCAUCGCUUCUGUAAUACAUAGAAGUCAGAACAUUUCCUUUCCUGGCUGAAAGCAUGACAUCCACUGCACAGCUAUGGUCUGGCGUCCGUGGUCCAUCUGUGGUGUGGGGAGGUGAGGCAUGUCUUGAUGUCACUGGUAGAUACAGGCUUUGAAAACCAUGGUGCAGACCUAGCCCUCGGAUGUUUAUGUUGGGUAGGUGAGAUGGGUGUUGCAAGGAGAAGUUACAGGUGGAUUUAAAAAUGGGGCUGAGAAGGUGGAAGGUGAAAGGACUUCAUUAGUGGAAGGUAGGGCGAGACGUGCAUUCGACCUGGAGAACAGUAGGACACAGAAGAUGCCAUGCAGGCUGAUUGCAGAUGAGCUUGCAUAGGUGAAUGAAGAUAAAAACGAGAUACAUGGGAAUUGGAGGUGGAGAGUGUUAAACGCAGGGCUAUUUUUCUAGGUGCCGGAACUCGCCAUGAACAUUUCCCUUCUUCUCUUAUAAUGCCAAUGGUGCCCACAUAAGAGAUGGGAGACUUUCCGGCUGAAAAAAAUGCCAUGGUGUAAUAACUAAAAGCUAAGUGUUGGUUGUCGAGAUCAACAGGGAUUCAGUACAACAAUGUAAGGGGAGGGUGAUGUGAUCAGAAGAAGGGAAGCAAGAGUGCUGUUUGGUUGCUUCUGGACAACAUCUCUGCUCGGUGGUAGCACUGCAAAGGAAGUAAGGGAGCAAAGUAUCUCACAGGAGAGGUACCAUCUAGUGAGAGAGGGGGUGGCUCUCUUAAUCCCCCCCUGGCUUUUGUUUUUGUAACCUGUGCCAGUUCCUCUGGCUUGUUGGACUAGCAGCAAUAAACUGGGAUUGGCGCAACUCCCAUCUUGGUUGCUGACACUCAGCGCAUCGCAUGAGCAGGCCUGCCGCUCUAUAAUCGCUGCAGGAAGUAACCGUGUAAGACAAAGGUGCAUGGCUUAGUGGCAUGCAGCGAAUACAGAGAAGGCUUAUAGAUACCCAAAGUAAUGAUCUUCAGGAUCUAUAGGAAAUGAUACAGUUGGAACAUGGAAGCUACAGUGCAUGAGUGGCUUUAAAACUUACUUCCAGGGAUCUUUCAGUGAGGAAAAAAACAACAGUGGGCAGUUUUUACUGGAAGAUAACUUCCUCACUGCUGUUUAUCUCUGCCGCCAUUUGCAGACACCGAAGAUUAUUUGGGUAUGUGCUAAGGCAGAGCUUUCCAAAAUUUUCAUGUUGGUGGAACACUUUUUAGACAUGCAUCAUUUCACGACACAGUAAUUCAGUUUUACUAGCAAACUGGAGGUUAAACUAACCCCUUUCCAACCCCGGGACGACAACAGGGAGUAUUUGUGUGACACACCUACACACUGCAGUCAACACACUAAUGGGUCGCGACACACAGUUUGGAAAGCUUUGUGCUAGGGAAUAUCGUUGGAUCACAUGGGGCAGCGGAGAUAUCCUACAGGACUAACUUUUGCCCUAAUUGGGGCUGCUUACGCCCGAUAGCAGGUGUGGGGAAACUUUGGCCCUCCAGGUGUUUCUGAACUUCAACUCCCAUGGUCCCUGGCCUUUGUCCAUGAUUGCUAGGGCUGAUGGGAGUUGUAGUUCAGUAACAUCUGGUGGGCUGAAAGUUCCCCACUUCUGCCAUACAGCAGAUACAUAAAGGCACGCAAUACCUAUAACUUCUUGAAAGAGUGGCAACCCAGUUGAGAGUGGUAGCCAGUUUUGACUUCUUGGAUAGAAUUAACAGGUGAAUUAGUGGGCUUAAGCAGUUGUGGAGAGGCCAUGCCACAGACCUUUGGAGAAUGGGGAGCAAAUUAUUUUUGUCUACAAAAAAGCAAUUGAUGAGAAUUGUGCGUACCAUGGAUUUGAUAGGUGUGCUAGGUCCCUUGUUUCAGCAAGAUGGCAGGCAAGGGUUGUGUCGAGAAAUACAAGGGAUAUCCUAGGUUAGAAUGGUAUUUUAGCUUUCUUUUGUAAUGGCAAACGUCUUUGCUUGCUUGUAUUAUAAACCCUGCUUCAUAAAAACUGUUUCAAAUCAAA